UUUUUUUUUUUCUUAUAAUUUUUUUUUUGUUUAUCUUCAUUUUCUUCCAGAUCUUUCUUACCGUUUGAUCUGAAGCCAAUAUGGCGAAUUCGGCAUCUGGAAUGGCGGUUGAGGACGAGUGCAAGCUAAAAUUCUUGGAAUUGAAAGCAAAGAGAAACUACCGUUUCAUCGUCUUCAGGAUCGAGGGCCAACAAGUGGUGGUUGACAAACUCGGCUGCCCCGACGAAAGCUACGAAGAUUUCACGUCUUCUCUGCCUUCGGACGAGUGCCGUUACGCCGUUUUCGAUUUCGACUUCAUCACCACCGAAAAUUGCCAGAAGAGCAAAAUCUUCUUUAUCGCAUGGUCACCCGAUACAUCAAUAGUGAGAAUGAAGAUGGUAUACGCCAGUUCAAAAGACAGAUUCAAAAGGGAAUUGGAUGGAAUCCAAGUCGAACUCCAAGCAACCGACCCCAGCGAAAUGAGCUUUGACAUCAUCAAAGCCCGUGCUUUCUGAAUUAUUAUUACAAAAAAAAAAAAAAAAGAUUGUCCAGUUUAACGAUGUUGUAGUAAUCGAUCCCCUCGAACUUGAAACUCAACAAUGGUGGUCCUAUAUGUAUAUAUAACAAAGGAAGAAUAUUCAUUCAUUCAUUUGUACUAUACCUGUGAAAUUAAAGAAAACAAAUUAUAAAGAAGAUUUAUGUUACUACUAGUGCA